GUUUUUGAGCCGUUUCCGCUCUACAUCCUAAACUCCUCCCGUUUAUGCAAUCCACUUCCGUUCUGGCGGGCUGGUAAUGCUACCUAGCUCCGUUGUGCCGACAAAGCACUGAUAUCGCAGUGACAAAGAGGAUAACAAUUAACUUACAACAUGAAUAAAAGUGGUUCGGGAACGACGUGUGCGGUAGUUGGGUGCAAAAACUCGCGAAAGCACCUGAACGAGUGGUUAGAUAGAGAGUGUUACGACCACAAACCAGCUACGAAGAGGCAAUGUCCAUGCGCUCCAUUGUUUACAUUUUUUCGCAAGCCUGAUACCGACUCGGAAUCAAGGACCUGGCUGAAGGCAUUGAAUCUAAAGAAACCACCCCGCAUCGUUUUUGUUUGUUCCUAUCACUUUGUUGACCAAAAACCAACCAAGGAUAAUCCUUUCCCAGAGUUGUGGUUGGGAUACAAUCGCCCUCCCCAGCCAAAGAGGCGUCAACUCACCCAGCGGACCACUGUCUCCACCCAGAGAAAGAAACGCAGACUUGCAUCUGAGGAUGCUCCUGAAACCUGUCAGCCUGCCUGUGAGGCCGAGCCUGCUACACCAAAAUUUCGAGAUGCCCAGACCCAAUGGGAGGAUCCGUCACAUAUUGACCACAUGUACUGUUCAACAACACAGUCUGUUAAAGUAGACAAGGCCACACAGUGCGAGGCAGAAAUGGGUCCUACUGUGACUAGCACCACGGUCAUUGAUGAUGCUAGUUCCCGGCUGUAUACAGGAGUGCGUAUGGUUCAAUUUUUCACCCUGGUGACAGUGUUGUUGCCUUUCAGUAAGCUAUCAAUUACCCUUCCUGUUGUUGACCAAAUCCUGAUGACCUUGAUGAAGCUAAAACUAAACCUAAUAUUAGGAGAUAUUGCUCAUCGCUCAUCGCUUCAAUGUGUCUACAUCCAUGGCAAGCAUUGUGAUUAG